UUUGUGCUGGUUUUCGUUCGCCAUUUUUAUCUUUAUACAUUCUUCCUGCAACAAAUGCAAUUAAAAGAUUUUAGUCCAUAUUUAUGGAAGCAGGAGUAGCAGUUUCAAUAGGUUUAGUUGCCUCAAAAGCAACACACGUCCAAGAUAAAUACGCGCAACAAAGAGGUGGACCAUUUAGUUGAUUAACUCCAACGCUUUGUUCAGUGCAUUUAAUUGGCAAUAAACGAUUCGUUGCCAUUCCGCUGUUGCAGUUUCAAAGUGUUGGUGCUCUUUUUGUUUACCCUACUGGAGUGCAAUUCGGAAUAAAGUACAUAAUAAAAUUAAAAACGCAAAAUACCCGUAAAGCAACUAUAAAAUCGAGAAACGUAAAACUUCUUAAGCACAAUUUUUGCAUUUAGUAAAUAAACGCAGAGAGCUUAUAAUUGAGAACUAAACUGCGAUUUUACUACAAACAAACAUACGGAUAUACAAUUGGUUUGCUCUACAACGUCGCGAAUAUGUCUACUAACAAAGAUAGCCCUAGUCGUGAUUCCAUGACGUCCUCAUCUGCGCCCAUAUCUCUACUGGCUGAUGGUGAUUCCCUAACCCGGGACUACAGUUUAGGCAGCCUUACAUCUGCCGUAAGUCAAGACGAAUAUUUCCGCUGUCGUGAUCAUGCGGAAAGUGUAUUAAAGCGUUUGCAGUUAUACUUGGACAGUCAUCAGCUCUGCGAUGUAGUAUUAAUUGCUGGAAUCGACGGCAAGCGAGUGCCAGCCCAUCGUGUAGUAUUGUCAGCAUCGAGCGCCUACUUUGCCGCCAUGUUCACCGGUUCAUUGCGUGAGACCAAAGAGCAGGAAGUCACGCUUGGCGAGGUACAUGGCGAUGCAUUACAAAUACUAAUACAAUACUGUUAUACGGGUUAUAUUGAACUGCGCGAAGAUACUGUAGAAACGCUCCUAGCCACUGCCUGUCUGCUACAGUUGAACUCUGUAGUCACUGCCUGUUGCAACUUUCUUGCGCGCCAGUUGCAUCCAUCAAACUGCCUGGGCUUUGCCUUCUUUGCAGAACGACAAAGCUGCACAACGCUACUACGUCUGGCCAAAUCCUACACAUGCCAGCAUUUCAUGCAGGUUUGCAAAAAUCAAGAAUUCCUGCAACUCGACUCCGAGCAGCUGGGUAAGCUAAUUUCUAGCGAUGAUCUCAAUGUGCCCACCGAGGAGGACGUAGUGCACAGUCUGAAGAUGUGGGUGCAACACGAUCCCGCCAGCCGCGAGAAACACAUUCCCGAGUUGCUGGCGUUAGUGCGCUUGCCGCUGCUGAAACCCUCAUUUAUUAUGGAUCAUGUGGAAACGCUGUGCAGUUCCAAUGAAUGUCAACAGCUUGUGAUGGAAGCGCUUAAGUGGCAUUUAUUGCCCGAACGACGCAAUUUGUUAGCUUUAAUAGCUUCGGAGCGCACAAAACCGCGCAAGUCGACAGUAGGUCGUUUAUUGGCGGUGGGCGGCAUGGAUGCGCACAAGGGCGCUAUAAGUAUUGAAAGCUACUGUCCGUAUGCGGACAAGUGGUCGGUGUGGAAGAAUAUGUCCGCACGUCGUUUACAAUUCGGUGUUGCUGUGAUGGAUGAUAAGUUAGUUAUAGUGGGCGGUCGCGAUGGCUUAAAAACGCUCAAUACAGUAGAGAGUUUAGACUUGAAUACGAUGGUAUGGACAGCGCUGAAUCCGAUGGGCACGCACCGUCAUGGUUUGGGCGUUGCUGUAUUGGAAGGUCCACUCUAUGCGGUCGGUGGUCAUGAUGGCUGGAGCUAUUUGUCCACUGUUGAACGUUGGGACCCAAGCACACGUACCUGGAGUUACGUGGCUUCGAUGUCCUCGAUGCGUUCGACCGCUGGCGUGGCAGUGCUUGGUGGCCGCUUGUAUGUGGUAGGCGGUCGAGAUGGUUCGGUCUGCCAUCGCUCGAUCGAAUGUUACGAUCCACACACCAAUAAAUGGACCAUGCGUGCGCCAAUGAAUAAACGACGCGGUGGCGUAGGCGUUGCUGUGGCAAAUGGAUUCCUAUACGCGCUGGGUGGCCACGAUUGUCCGGCCAGCAAUCCCUCUGUUUGCCGCACCGAUACAGUGGAGCGCUACGACCCCGCAACAGAUUCUUGGACUUUGAUCUGUUCGCUUAACGUCGGGCGCGAUGCUAUCGGCUGCGCUUUGCUAGGCGAUCGCCUUAUGGCAAUUGGCGGUUAUGAUGGCAAUCAUUAUUUAAAAACCGUUGAAGUAUACAAUGCAGAGACAAACGAGUGGACUCAAGCUGCACCGCUGACAUACAGUCGCGCUGGCGCAAGCGUUGUGGCAAUACCGAAUAUCAUACCACCAACACCACCAUUACCCAGCGCAACAAAGAAAUGGAAACCGGUCAGAUUGAAUCCGAUGUGUUACAGACGCACCGUUGAAUUUGUCGAUUAUUACAACCUUUAAGCAACUAAUACAUACAUACAUUAAUACAACAAUACAUUUUUUAUCAUAUUUUUUUACCAAACGAGUAUUUAGAUUUAAGAAGCAAAAAAUCAAAUUUUACUAUUGUAAUGGAUUCUUACUUUGCAUACGCAUAUACAUACAUACAUACAUAUGUACAUUAUAUAUAAAUAGGAAUUAUGUGUGCUCGAAA